GACAUCUCGUAUCAGUUCCCUUUACUGGAUAAAAUCGUGCAAGAAUUCUCCAUCUCUUGUACACGUGGAAGUAGUUAUUUUUGUAAUUCUGUGUUGUUUCUGUGAAUUUGUUGUGAAUAUAAAUUCUAAGACCACUCAUUAGCCUCUCCCAAAAUGGACAUAAGAGUGGUUGCGCUUGAACGAGAGGAGACUCAUUCCGUCUAUGGAUCGGCUGGCAUUAUGUUAGAUAAAAAAUACGUCAUUACUACUGCAAACAUUGUCGCUUCAUUGCUUAACAAUUCGUUGAAAAAAUACCUUGGAACAAUUAGUCAAAGAAAAGUUUGUUCUUUCUCUGAUACCAAAAACACCACGACAUUUAAAAUAUUCUGGAAAGAGACAAACUGUAGUAAAUACCACGUCACAAGUGGCAACAUUUUUGCGACAUUCAUUUGCGAAAAUUUGCGACUAUUCUUGCGCCGAAUUUUAAUGGACUGGUCAAUUGAUACGCCUAAAAAUAACACUGGACUUGACGACAUUUUAUCGGUCUUUUUUGUGAUCCAAAUCAAUGAAACGGGUUUAAUUGACGGUUUCACAAAUUGUUUGAGACGUUGGUGGGACUUGAUAAAAAAUGUGGAAAUCAAUCAAAUGGACGACAUUCUUGUAAAAAGUGCCGCUUUUGGGAAUAAAACGUUUCUCGAUUCGUACAGUCGAGGAAUAGUUUCGAACACUGUAGGCCCUAAUAAUUGUCUAAUAGUUAGUGAUUGUGCGUUAACUCCUGGCAGUGAGGGCAGCCCAGUUUUUAGCAAAAACACCGAGAUACCGGUGGGUAUCGUAAUUUCGGCUUCCUCCUGGUGGAAAGGCGACUGGACUGGCUUAACUUUAAUUCUAGACAUUCGGGCUGUUUUAGCUGAACUGUUUCAAAAUGACCAAAUUAUCUCCAAAUGUAUGGUACACCAUCGUUUGCUAGCAAGUACUGAAUCGAGUUUAAUCCAAAUUUAUUGUGGGCCAAAGUGGGGAACGGCAAUUAUUCUAAGCCAGGAAGGCGUUCUUUUGACAAAUUCUCACGUCAUUGAUCUUAACCACAACGUUACGCUUCACGUGAAAGGACAGUCAGUUGGGGCAAAAAUACUGUAUAAAACACCCAAUGACGAAGUUUUUGAUUUGGCGGUUCUUCAGUGUGAUCCCGCGUUUCUUAAUUCACAUAAUCGUAAGCCAAUAAAGUCGAAUCACGAAUGUCUAGCCUUAGGGGAGGAGGUGUACGCUGCGGGUUUUGCCUUAUUUUCCAAAACCAUUUCAUCACAUCCAAUGAUAAGCAAAGGCUGUAUAGUUCAAUCUAAUGAAGCUGUGAUACGAACAACUUGCUGCGUAAACCCAGGAAUGAGUGGUGGAGCGAUUUUAAAUCGACUGGGUGAAAUAGUGGCUGUUAUAGUUUGUAAUUCAAGACUGAACGGUCACGUUUUUCCGAAAUUUAAUAUGGCAAUACCUUAUGGCACGAUUAAAGGAACUUUAGAGCGGUUUUUGAACAGUAAAGAUACUGCCAUUCUGAGUAAUCUGUAUUCAGAUGAUCCUAAAAUAACAUCGGCUUGGAAAAAAAUGACCGCGAAAUUGUAGCAAAUAAAAACUAUUGAAACUG